AUGGCAUCAGAAGAAAGUACAACUGGUGUCACUUCUAAUCAAUCAAGUGAUUCACGUAGUGGUCGAAUUGAUGUUGUUUCACUUAUUGUUCUUGUAUCUUAUCCUAAACAUUAUCGUAUAUUUGCUGAAAAAGAACUUGUUAAUGAAAUACUUCCAAAUGCAUCUGAUUCAGCUUUUGUCUGGUUCGGAAAUUAUUCAGCUGAAAAAGAUGAACAUCCACUUGUCUAUAUGGAUGUUUUAAGUAAAAUGGUUCGUUUAGGUUAUCAAAUAUCAGCAUCAACUGGUGGUGGUGGUAAUCCAGCAAUUGGAGAUAAUAUGUCAACUCAUACAUCGCAUUAUAUUUUAAUUCGAAAACGAGAUUAA